GCGUGAAUAAAUAUCAGGAUCAUCCGAUAGCUGAUAACUAAGACAGUUUGUUAAAGUAGUUUAUUCUUGCGGAUACCAUUUGGCCUCUCCUUCUCGGUUCACAGGAAAGAAGCAAAAUCCACCUGAAGCACUUUGAUAAAAUGGUUAGUUCUGUAAACUAACUGGCAUCCUGGAUGGAAACCUUACCUUUGAUAUUCUCGCAAACGAAAAAACAAGACCGUUUUUGCGACAAGUCGAAGUCGCUUCUCAGCAACCUUGCCCGUUGUUGUUUUGUUCUUCUUCUCCUGUGGCAGAUUAUAGGGACGGUUCUUUACUUCCUGCGUGCCUACGAUUGCUGUUUAAGGGAUCGACACGCAACAUUUAGUUGCUCAAAUUUUACAAAAAUUCCUCACUCUAAAGAACUUGAACUGACAUGGCUGGUCUCCCAGGACAUAAGCAUUGGCUUGAUAGCAUUUGCCCUGAGAAAAGUGCCUGAAUUUAUGGGAUUUCGCGCAAUAUUGAAGAAAGCCGUCCGAAUGCCAGCAUUUUGGAGUCUGAUGGCAUUGCAUGCAAUGCAGAUCGUGGGAUUUACAAUAAUUAUGUAUUUUAACAAAUUAACUCAUAUACAAGUAUGUAUCGUAGCUGCGUUUUGCAUGCACGGAUUAGCACUCCUUGCAAUCCUUUUCGUGUUAAAUUUUACGCCGAUAAAUCGAAUUAGGCGAAGGCGUAACUACUUUGUUUUUAUACUCCUCAAAUUCACGUUACUGGUAUUUUUCGUGCAAACUUCUACAAUCUUUGUAGUUGGAUCCCUUCAGUUUACUUUUAAAGUCACUGGUUUAGAUGAGGUGGGACGAUCAGCUAAUUUCGUGACGAUUUUUCGAAAACUUCGAGAAUUUCCACAAGUUAUUUUCUUCUACAGGACAGCAACUUUCUUCUGGCACAAGUUCUUUUUGGAUAGUAGAAAUAUACUCAGCCAUUUUCAAAUGCUGAAGUCAAGAAAUGAUAUUUCGAAUAGAUUUCGUGAAUAAGAGUAUUUUUCUAUCGACCCCCAUGAAACCGAAACCAAAAUAAGCCACUGAUUUGCACAACGGAGAGAGGCUGAGACUACAGAUUUCAAAUUAAUGAAAUGUUUGACACCUUGGCAUAACUCUAAAAUGCCCGUUUAAGAAACGAAUAAAAUAUUUUUGAAAGUAACUUUGACCAAUAAAUCAAGGAAUCUUCAUUCUUUUGUUUUAUUUUGGAAGAUUAAAACAGAAGUU